CAGUGCAAAGAGACAUGCAGUAGUAGUCCAACUGGGAUGGUUAAAAGAGAAAAACAAAUCUGUCAAAAUGGUGCUGGAAAGUACGAUGAUCUGUUUCGACAACAGCGACUAUCAACGCAAUGGGGAUUACUUUCCGACGCGCAUGAAUGCCCAGAAGGAUGGGAUUAAUCUCGUGUGUCUCACCAAAGUCCGUUCCAAUCCGGAAAACAAUGUCGGAUUGAUGACAAUGGCAAACACUGUUGAGGUUUUGGCUACACUCACGAGCGAUGUGGGGAGGAUUCUGUCCAAGAUGCACCUUGUGCAACCCAAGGGGAAUAUUAACUUGCUAACGGGGAUACGUAUUGCGCAUCUGGUGUUGAAGCAUCGUCAAGGGAAGAACCACAAGAUGCGCAUUGUAGUCUUUGUGGGUUCUCCGGUAACCAAUGAGGAGCCGGAGCUGGUGAAGCUCGCUAAGAGGCUCAAAAAGGAAAAGGUCAACGUGGACAUUGUGAGCUUUGGUGAUCACAAUUCGAAUAAUGAGAUCCUCAAUGCAUUCAUUAAUGCCCUCAAUGGGAAGGAUGGAACGGGAUCGCAUCUUGUCAGUGUACCCCGUGGCUCAGUGCUCUCAGAGGCUCUCAUUUCAUCCCCGAUAAUUCAGGGGGAGGAUGGCAUGGGAGGUGCCGGUUUGGGUGGGGCUGGCUUUGAAUUUGGCGUGGAUCCCAAUGAAGAUCCCGAAUUGGCACUGGCAUUGCGUGUCUCAAUGGAGGAGCAGCGUCAACGGCAGGAAGAGGAACAACGACGCGCCAUGGCAGCUGAUGCAGCAGCUAAUCCAACUUCCGCAACUGCCGGGCAGGAGACAAUGGCCGGUGAUGAGCCCCAUUCUGAGGAGACACUCCUCCAGCGUGCCCUGGCACUGUCCACGGAGACUCCAGCUGAUGACGAUGGCAUGCCGGACUUUGCCAAUAUGACUGAAGAAGAACAAAUUGCAUUCGCCAUGCAGAUGUCAAUGCAGGAUGCCCAAGAACCCGUGGCACAGGCACCAAGUCGCCCCAAAAAGGAAGAGACCCCAAUGGAAGUUGAUGAGGAUUACAAUGAAGUUAUUAGUGAUCCAGCUUUUCUUCAGAGCGUUCUUGAGAAUUUGCCCGGAGUUGAUCCACAAUCUGAAGCAAUUCGUGAUGUUGUUGGAUCACUCAAUAAAGAUAAAAAGAGCAGCGACAAAGAUAAAGAUAAGCAGGGUCAGUAAGACUGUGUGCUCUACGUCGAAAUUUCAUCAUCUUAAUGCAGAAUUUCAUUUAAAUAAAAAAAAUCCUUUAUAAGUUUCUUUUUAAUACAGUCGAGAAAAUUUCCUGUUUUUUUUUCUUUGCAAAAAAAUAAAGAUAAUUUGCGAGAGAAAGAUGCCAAUUUGGUGUGAAUAAAAUAUUCUCAAAAAAUUGAAAAAAGAAAA